GUCAAAAGGCGGCAGCGGGCGGGGCUGGUACCCAGGUACCGGGAAGGGGACACCGGGACCGGGGACACCGGGCCCCAGUGCCUUCCCAUAUUGUGGAGGAUCCCGAGCCGUGCCAGCCGCAGGAAAAUCAAGCCAUGGAUCCGGGCGCUUCCAGCACCUCCGUGGCCGAUCCUGCCGGGGAUUGCGAGCGGAACGUGCCCAGGGUCUGCGGGGUCUGCGGGGACAGAGCCACCGGCUUCCACUUCAACGCCAUGACCUGCGAGGGCUGCAAGGGCUUCUUCAGGAGGAGCAUGAAGAGGAAGGCCAUGUUCACCUGUCCCUUCAGCGGGGACUGCCACAUCACCAAGGACAACCGGCGGCACUGCCAGGCCUGCCGGCUCAAGCGCUGCCUGGACAUCGGCAUGAUGAAGGAGUUCAUCCUUACGGACGAGGAGGUGCAGAGGAAGCGGGAGAUGAUCCUGAAGAGGAAGGAGGAGGAAGCACUGAGGGAAAGCCUCAAGCCCAAACUCUCAGAGGAGCAGCAGAAAGUCAUCGACAUCCUGCUCGAGGCCCACCGCAAAACCUACGACCCCACCUACGCUGACUUCACCAAAUUUCGGCCCCCUGUGAGAAGCCACCCCAGCAGCAGAGGGGCCACAAAAUCCUCGUCCCUCCUCACCCAGGACCUGUCCUCGGAGGAUUCCUCGGAUCUCUUCAGCUCCGAGGCCUUCAGCACAUUCCCAGACCCCGCGGAGCCGCCGCCGUUCCCGGGCCUGGCGCUGCCGGAGGAGCAGGACGAGAGCUCCUCGGUCAACCUGGAGUUCUCGCAGCUCUCCAUGCUCCCACACCUGGCUGACCUGGUCAGCUACAGCAUCCAGAAGGUGAUCGGCUUCGCCAAGAUGAUCCCGGGAUUCAGGGAGCUGUCUGUAGAGGACCAGAUCGUGCUGCUCAAGUGCAGCGCCAUGGAGGUGAUCAUGCUGCGCUCCAACGAGUCCUUCACCCUCGAGGACAUGUCCUGGACCUGCGGCAGCAGCGACUUCAAGUACAGGGUCAGCGAUGUCACCCAGGCCGGGCACAGCAUGGACCUGCUGGAGCCGCUGGUGAAAUUCCAGGUGGGGCUGAAGAAGCUGAACCUGCAUGAGGAGGAGCAUGUGCUGCUCAUGGCCAUCUGCAUCCUGUCCCCAGACCGGCCGGGCGUGCGGGAGCCGCUGCGGGUGGAGGCGCUGCAGGAGCGGCUCUCGGAGGUGCUGCAGAGCUACAUCCGCGCCCGGCACGCCGCGCCCGGCGGCCGCCUGCUCUACGCCAAGAUGAUCCAGAAGCUGGCGGACCUGCGCAGCCUGAACGAGGAGCACUCGCGGCAGUACCGCUGCCUGUCCUUCCAGCCCCAGCACAGCAUGCAGCUCACGCCGCUGCUGCUCGAGGUGUUCGGCAACGAGAUCUCCUGAGAGCCUGCCCCGGGGCCGGGCCGGCUGUACCGGGAGGAGCCCGGGCAGGGGUGGGGGUCUGGCAGGCAGCUGGCGCACCCCUCCGCCGAUGUUUUGCCUCGAAUCCCUUCUUUUCCCGAUGGCGUGGAAGGGGAAGUGCCCGGAGGUGAGCCCCGGGUGCUGCUGCGGGUGCCGUGCUCUGCUCCCCCCGAAAUGCCGCAGCGCCCGUGCGCUCUGACACCCCAAAUCCCGGCCAGGAGGGGCCACGGGCGGUGUGCCCGCAGCUCCAGCGCAGCCCGUGUGCUGCUGCCGCCGCACCGGCUGCGCCGAGAAAGCCCCGGGAGGGGACGUGGUGGCCUGGACCCUCAACGGGAAGAGCAGGACGAGCUUUGUUUGCACUCCCUGGGAAUGGGGGAGCAGGGGCAGCUCCAGGGGACACCCCCACUUUGGAGCUGCCCCCUUCUGCGGGAUGGGGUGAUGACUCCUGGGAUGGAACAGGGACCCCAGUCCCAGCUUGGCUUCCUCCCCCUGCCAUGUCCUGGAGGCGGCUCCAGGCCUGAGAAACCCUGGGAAGGGGGAUUUGGGAGCUGAGGGGCUCCAGACCCCCGGGAAGAGCCAUCACAGCCCCCCCGGGCCAUGAGCAAUGGUCAGAGGGUCCCCAGCGUCCGGAGGGUGCCCGGCUCCGGCCAAUAAACUCCUGCUUGGGCAAAUCAA